AUGGUGCUGGUGGCCUUGCUUGGUCUCAGUUGCUUCUACUUGCCCUUGGGAGCUCUGGUUCUGGAUUUCAACAACAUCAAGAGCCCUGCUGAUGUGCAAGGAGCCUGGAAGGGUUCACAGUGUAUGUCAGACAAAGACUGCAGUGUCAGAAAAUUCUGCCUAACGCCCCGGGAUGAGAAGCCAUUCUGCACCACAUGCCGUGGGGUACGGAGAAAGUGCCAGCGUAGUGCCAUGUGCUGCCCAGGGACACUCUGCAUGAAUGAUGUUUGUACUGCGAUGGAAGAUGUAGCCACAAUAAUGGAAACAAAGAAUGAUGAUCUAGACAGCCUGGAAACAAAAGGAAAUAGCGGGCAUCCAACUGAGGAAAACAAACCCAACAGGAAGCUAAAUACCAAGAAAUCACAAGGCAUUAAGGGACAAGAAGGUGACAGCUGUCUUAGAACUUUUGACUGUGGCCCUGGACUUUGCUGUGCUCGUCACUUCUGGACUAAAAUUUGUAAACCAGUCCUAUUAGAGGGACAGGUCUGCUCAAGGAGAGGACAUAAAGACAAUGUGCAGGCUCCCGAGAUCUUCCAGCGCUGUGACUGUGGUCCUGGACUACAAUGUGGAAGUCAGGUGGCUGGCAGUCGACAACAUGCAAGAUUGAGAGUGUGCCAAAAAUAUGCAAAGUUAUAA